AACCACCCCAGGAUUGCGCCUGAGCAGCCGCUGCAGACUGCCGGCCACCAGGUUGCCCCUCUCUGUCCAGGUACAUCUCUCUUCUCAGUUGCCUGGUACUGGCCUUCUCUCUACAAAGCUGGAAAAGAGGGAGGCAUCUGACAGCCUGAUACACUUCACUCCUCUUUCUGCAGCUAGAAAGACUUGAGUUAGACAAGCAGAAGCACACGCCUACCUACCUCAUGGCUACAGAAAACGGAGCAGUUGAGCUGGGAAUCCAGAGCCUGUCAGCAGAACAGACACCUAAAGGUGCUGCAGGUGAUGGAUCUUCAGCAGCAGAGAAAGACCCCGGCCCCCCAGCCACAGAGAAAGACCCCAAAGACCUGGGCCCCCCUAACACCGGGAAAGACCCUGGUACUCCAGAUCCAAAGAAAGGUCCUGAUCCACCUUCCCUGAAGAAAGAUGCCAAAGCCUCUGGCCCAGAGAAAAAAGAUGACCCAGCUCCAGCUCCAGCCAGCAGCCAAGGCCCUUCGGGAGAUGGGGAGAGGAGUGGGGGGCCUGCUGAAGGCAGUGUGGGGCCUCCUGCAGCCUUGCCCCAGCCCACUGUCACAGCUGAGGCUAGCAUCCAGAAUCAGGGUGCCAAGCAAGCACCCUCGGGCAACCAGGGACCCGGAGAGCCCAAGGCAGGCAAGAAGGCAGCAGAGUGUCGAGAAGCAGGAAGAAGAGGCUCACCUGCCUUCCUCCACAGCCCUAGCUGCCCUGCCAUCAUCUCAUGCUCCGAGAAGACACCGGCUGGGAAGCCCUUAAGCGAGACAACGGAACUCAUCUUUACAGGGGUAUCUGUGACCCCCGACUCCCGAGAUCCUGGGUCAGCCAAGGCAGAAGGCGGGGCCAACACCCUGGAAGAGAACCAGAAAGCAGAGGUGGAGAAAGCCCCAGGCCAGGCUGGCCAGGCUAAGGUGCAAGGGGACACCUCCCAGAGGAUUGAGUUCCAGGCUGUUCCCUCAGAGAGAGCGGAGGUGGAGCAGGGGCUCUGUCCCACUGCCAGGGAGGAAGACUGCUUCCAAAUUCUGGAUGAUUGCCCGCCACCCCCGGCCCCCUUCCCACACAGGAUCGUGGAGCUGAGAACCGGAAAUGUCAACAGUGAAUUCAGCAUGAACUCAAAGGAGGCACUGGGAGGUGGUAAGUUUGGAGCCGUGUGCACCUGCACGGAGAAAGCCACAGGACUCAAGCUGGCAGCCAAGGUCAUCAAGAAACAGACUCCCAAGGACAAGGAAAUGGUGAUGUUGGAGAUCGAGGUCAUGAACCAGCUGAACCACCGCAAUCUGAUCCAGCUAUACUCGGCCAUGGAAACCUCCCAUGAGAUCAUCCUGUUCAUGGAGUACAUCGAGGGCGGAGAGCUCUUUGAGAGGAUCGUGGAUGAGGACUACCAUCUGACCGAGGUGGACACCAUGGUGUUCGUCAGGCAGAUCUGUGAUGGGAUCCUCUUCAUGCACAAGAUGAGAGUCCUGCACCUGGACCUCAAGCCAGAGAACAUCCUGUGUGUGAAUACCACUGGCCACUUGGUGAAGAUAAUUGACUUUGGCCUGGCACGGAGGUAUAAUCCUAAUGAGAAGCUGAAGGUGAAUUUUGGGACUCCGGAGUUCCUGUCACCUGAGGUGGUCAAUUAUGACCAGAUCUCCGACAAGACUGACAUGUGGAGCCUCGGGGUGAUCACAUACAUGCUGCUGAGCGGCCUCUCCCCCUUCCUGGGAGAUGAUGACACAGAGACCCUAAACAAUGUCCUGUCUGCCAACUGGUACUUCGAUGAGGAGACCUUUGAGGCUGUGUCAGACGAGGCCAAAGAUUUCGUUUCCCAUCUCAUCACGAAAGACCAGAGUGCCCGAAUGAGCGCGGAGCAAUGCCUCGCCCAUCCCUGGCUUAACAACCUGGCCGAGAAAGCCAAACGCUGUAACCGCCGUCUGAAGUCCCAGAUCCUGCUUAAGAAAUACCUCAUGAAGAGACGCUGGAAGAAAAACUUCAUUGCUGUCAGCGCGGCCAAUCGCUUCAAGAAGAUUAGUAGCUCCGGGGCACUGAUGGCUCUGGGGGUCUGAGCCCAGAGCAGCUAAGCCUGGACGCAGCUGCACAGUGGUCAAGGCUGAAGCCACACAGCUCAGAAGGCCAGAGAGAGCCGGCCAGAUCUCUAGAGGAGGCUGGUCAGAGCAAAGUCGCACCAGGCCAGGAGGCUUGGGGCUCGCCGGGCCCUUAUUUGAUGCUGCUUCUCCUAUGUGAACAUGGAGUGUGGCCUGGGAUCCAUCUUGCUACCGCCUCUUCAGACAGGGCUGUGGCCCAUCAGCCCCACCCAGACUCCAAGGACGUCCAGGCCGUUCCCUAUUCUCUCCCUAGCUUCCCCCCUUUGAACUGCUGCCCUGGAGCCUCUGCUUUGCCCCACCUGGGGCACCCUUGCCUGGAGUGGGAUGGCUGGGGGUCCAGCAGGUGGGCUGCUGUGGUGGUGGGUGGGAAGCUUCUAGUAGGGUAAGAAUGCAGCCCAGCUGCUAGUGGAGACAGAACAGGCUUUGUGUGAGAGGACCUCCAUGCCCUGCCUCACACUCCCAACGGAUCAUCUGACCUCCUGGCCCCCACCCACUGUUUCGGUGACCACCAACACACAGGAACUCUGUGAGAGAAAACCAGCCCAGGCCUGGAGUGGUGGUGGUGGUGGUGGGGAGUGGAGAGAGGCCUGGGAGACAUGGGACUACCCCCAAGUUCACCUGAGGACCGAGUCUUCCCAGCCUGGCUACUCUGUGCCCCUCCCAGGGGCAUUUACAACCCCAGAUGACAGGAAGAACUGGCCCAUGAGGAGUAUGAAGCCACCAGGAAGUCCCCAACCUGCUCCCAGCUUGUGCCUUGUAAAUAAAUACACAGGUUGGAGGCAGCCUCCUUCCCUCUGCACGUGUACAUAA